AUGUUUGUAUUGGAUGAUGUUUCAUAUGAACAAGAAAUGUUCAAUGGUAUUUAUCUAUUCUUCUUCUUCACUCUCUAUGCUGUUUCUAUCAUGAUAACAGGAGCUCUCACUCUCCAACAAGUCCGAGAAAGGCUAGCAGACCAUGCAGAUCAACACAAGCAACUACUACGAAGGCUAUCCAAAAUAGCAGUAGCCCACACUCUCGUAUUUUCUCUUUUCUUGUUUUGGUUCAUGUCUUCCACACUCAUGCCUGUUGCGUUGGCUGUGGAGGUGUUGUCGUCUGUCUCAGAUUUGGUUGCAUUUUCCACAACGUAUAUAGUUUUAUUCUUCGACAAGAAUGUUCAUUCAGCACUGAAAGAUAUGAUUCCAAUAAGAAUUGCUCUUGGAAGUGUUGGAGAUGUGCAUCAAAGCAAUAAUAACAAUGGAAUUACUCCAUGA